AUGCUCCUCCUCCUCCUCCUCCUCCACGCUGGAGCGGUGAGCGAACCCUCGCCGGUGGUCCUCCCUCUCUCCCUCACCUCGGUCAACUCCUCUCUCAACUCCGUCGAGAUCAACCAUCUGCAGAGGCGCCACCUCUCGAGAGACGACGACGCGUUGACUCCCUACGCUCGGAUGAGGCUCUACGACGAUCUCCUCACCAACGGGUAUUACACGACGAGGCUUUAUAUUGGGACGCCGCCUCAGGAAUUCGCGCUGAUUGUCGACUCCGGGAGUACGGUGACCUACGUUCCUUGUUCUUCGUGUGAACAGUGCGGGAAUCAUCAGGACCCAAGGUUUCAGCCAGAUAAAUCAACAACAUAUGAACCAGUGAAGUGUAAUAUUGAUUGUACUUGUGAUGAACAAAAAAAGCAGUGUGUUUAUGAGAGGCAGUAUGCUGAAAUGAGCUCGAGUAGUGGGGUACUUGGUGAGGACAUAAUAUCAUUUGGCAAGGAGAGCUCACUUAAGCCUCAGCGAGCUGUUUUUGGUUGUGAAAACAGUGAAACUGGUGAUCUUUUUACUCAACAUGCUGAUGGCAUAAUGGGGUUAGGCCGUGGUCGCUUGAGUAUUAUGGAUCAGCUUGUUGGAAAGGGUGCCAUUAAUGAUUCAUUUUCUUUAUGUUAUGGCGGGAUGAAUUUUGGUGGAGGCGCAAUGAUCCUUGGUGGAAUUUCUCCUCCUCCAGAUAUGAUAUUUUCAUAUUCAGAUCCUAACCGUAGUCCAUAUUACAAUCUUGAGCUGAAGGAAAUACACGUGGCGGAAAAACCAUUGCGGUUAGAUUCAAGGAUGUUUAAUAGGAAACAUGGAACUAUACUGGACAGUGGUACCACUUAUGCAUACCUACCAGAUGAAGCUUUUACAGCAGUUAGAGAUGCAAUCAUGAGCAACCUCCAGUCUCUCAAACAAAUUGAUGGACCAGAUCCAAAUUACAAAGAUAUUUGUUUCUCUGGCGGGGGAAGUGAUGUCUCCCAACUCUUAGACACCUUUCCAAAAGUUGACAUGGUUUUUGGCAAGGGAGAGAAGUUAUCACUUUCCCCUGAAAACUACCUUUUUCGGCAUUCAAAGGUUCAUGGUGCUUAUUGCUUGGGAAUCUUUAGGAAUGGAAAAGAUCAGACUACGCUUUUGGGUGGAAUUGUUGUCCGCAAUACUCUGGUAACUUAUGAUCGCCAAAAUGAAAGAAUUGGAUUUUGGAAAACAAAUUGUUCUGAAUUGUGGAAGAGGCUGAAUAUUGAUGCCACCUCUCCAGUAGGACCAACUUCAUCUAAUACAAGUUCAAAUGAAGGAAUGGGACCAGCUUUGCCUCCUACUGGAGUUGAAGACCAUUUUGUGCCAGGUCAAAUCGAGGUUGGACUCAUAACCUUUGACAUGUCUUUGAAUGUAUCAUAUUCAAAUCUGAUGCCUCACAUUACAGAACUUGCAGAGCAUAUUGCUCAUGAGUUGGAAGUCGAUGCUCAUCAGGUAAAGUUUAUGAAUUUCUCAAGACAAGGAAACAGUACCCUGAUAAGAUGGGUUAUUUUUCCAGCAGGACCUUCUGACUACAUUUCAAAUACCACGGCAAUGGGCAUAAUUGCUCGCUUAACGGAACACCGUGUUCGCCUCCCAGAGACUUUUGGAAGUUAUCAACUGCUUGAGUGGAAGGUUGAGCCUCCAUCUAAAAGGACAUGGUUGCAGACUCAUGUUUGGGCGGUGAUGGUGGCAAUUUUAGUAGCUAUUGUGCUCAUCCUCUCAGUUAUAUUAGCAUUGCACAUCUGGAGGAAGAGAUCUGAUGGAGCCGGUAUAUUAUACAAGCCUGUGGAUUCUGCCAUUUCUGAACAAGAGCUCACACCAUUGUAAAUUACGUUCUUUCUUUCGAGUCAUACACAUAUACUAUUAUUCGCUUGGAUCUAUGAGGAAAAGCUUGCCUUUCCCAAGUGUGCUUCUCAUGUGGAAGUAACUUUUUGGCUCUCCUGUGCAAGUAAGCUAAAAAAUUUUGCGCUGUGUGAGAAGAUCUAUUGGAGCAAAAACCUCACUCCCUGUACUUAACAGCUCUUCAUGUUUUGCUGAUUAUAGAUAUUAAUUUGGUUACUAUAAUGUACUUACAGUUGGUAAAUGUAGAUAGUAGAGGAAGACAGGAAAGCUAAAGCCUUGUAAUUUUGAUUUACUAUUUACUGCAUUGUGAAAUUUAGAUCAAUAAAAUGAAAUGGUUGCACGUCC